AUGUCCUCCCCUAACAGCAAUCUCCAAGAUCCCACCACCACCCACCACCUCUCUCCAUCAGACUCUAAGUGCCACUUACUAGACCAUGACUUGACUUUGAUGGUGGGGCAAUCGGUCUCCCUCACACUGGGAAAUGACUCUCUUUUGAUCGUCGAUGAAGGCGCCAUGCGCAAACCUGAUCGUACAUGUUGCGGACUGUUCCCUAAGCCAACAAACAAGGUUACCCAUUCCAUCUCGUUGUACAAUGUCCUGGACGCCGACCUUUCCGCCACCAGUUUGACCAUCACAUAUGCGGAGCACUCGGGUAAAGAUGACGUCGCUGUGAAUGCGCUGCAAUAUCCGAUCGCUGAAGACGAGACAAUAACUGCGAAGACGUGGACGGCCAAUUUGAUCAAUCUUGCAUACAGAAAUGCGCUGCGCCAUAAGCGACUCAAGAUCUUGAUCAACCCAUUUGGUGGAAAGGGAACAGCGGCCUACUUGUAUCGGACAUAUGCGGAGCCGGUUUUUGCAGCCGCCCAUUGCCAGUUGGAUGUGCAGGAGACAACUCAUUCUGGCCAUGCCACCGAAAUCGCCGAGCAGAUAGACAUUGAUGCAUAUGAUGCUAUUGUAUGCUGCUCUGGUGACGGCCUCCCAUAUGAAGUCUUCAAUGGCCUUGCAAAGAAACCCAACGCCGGGACAGCGUUGGCAAAGAUGGCUGUUGCGAUGUUACCUUGCGGCUCUGGAAACGCAAUGGCGUGGAACCUCCUUGGAACCGGCAGUAUUUCUAUCGCAGCUCUGACCAUUGUCAAGGCUUUGCGCAUGUCUUUCGAUCUAGCGUCAGUCACGCAGGCAGGAACGCGCACACUGUCGUUCUUAUCGCAGUCUUUUGGUAUCGUCGCAGAAUCGGACCUGGGGACCGACCAUGUCCGCUGGAUGGGGGCUCAUCGCUUUACAUACGGCUUUCUCGUCCGUCUCAUGAGCCGAACAAUAUAUCCCUGUGACCUCGCCGUAAAAGUGGUCAUUGACGAUAAAAACGCCAUUAAGGAACAUUAUAAUGCCUACGCAAGCGGCGCUGCCGUGACCUCCUCUACUGAGAAUGCCACUGAGCAAUCCGAGGGGCUUCCUACGCUUGAAUACGGGACAGUCCAAGAUGAUUUGCCCAAGGACUGGGAAGUCAUCCCAGCAGAGACGAUAGGCAAUUUCUACGCUGGAAAUAUGGCCAUAAUGUCCAAGGAUAUGCCAUUCUUCCCAGCCUCAGUCCCGAACGAUGGAUUGAUGGAUGUCGUCAUGAUCGAUGGGACCAUCAGCCGUGCCACCAGCCUCAAGAUGAUGACGGCAAUCCCUGAAGGUGGGUUUUUCGACAUGCCAGACGUGAAUAUCCACAAAGCAAAGGCGUACCGACUCAUUCCCCGAGAAAAACAGGGAUACAUCAGUGUUGACGGCGAGAAGAUUCCCUUUGAAGCCUUCCAGGUUGAGAUCCAUCAAGGCCUAGGCACCGUUCUGGCAAAGUCCGAACGCCUGUAUGAAACACCAGGACCCAGGCCGUAA